AUGGAAGCGCACGUAUCGAAGUUGUCGGAAUUGUUCGAGAAGCUCAACAAUUUACAGCCCGAAAAGAUCCUUGACGACCAAUGGUUGGUCGCGAUUUUGUUCAGCAGUCUGCCGGAGGAGUACGAGACGUUGGUACCCACCCUUGAAGCUCGACCAGAGAAUGAUUUGACCCUGGAUAUGGUGAAGGGCAAGCUUAUCGAUGAAUGGCAGAAAAAGAAGCAGCGCAACGAUGAUAGCGAUAAUCCUGAAGCUGUUCUCUAUGCAAAUUCAAAGGCCGAAAAAGACCGGUGCUUCUUCUGCAAAAAUUUAGGUCACCAGAAGGCAAAUUGCGAAAAGUUCAGAGUAUGGAAGGCGGAGAAAGGAAACGGGGCUGUAUCCAAGCACCGAAAGGCAGUAUCCAAGCAACAGAAAGCCAACCACGUAUCGCAGCAAGAUGAUGAUGAUGAUAGCUACGCGUUUCUCACUGGAUGCAAUAGUCAAGCGGAAGACCAAUGGAUUUUGGAUUCCGGUGCAACCUGCCACAUUGCAAAUUACCGGAACUUCGAGGAUUUGGAUGAUGCAGCUACUGAGGACGUUUGGGUCGCCAACGGGUACGUUCGAAAGGCCGAGGUGCUGGGCGAAUAA